AUUACCCUACCUCAGUACCCCUCCCCCUCUGCAGAAUAAACAGGUAGACAGUGAACGUGAAAGUCAGAAUCUUCAUUUAAUACACCAUUUCAGGAGUAAAAACACAGGUUUGAUUUAACACACCGAUGUUGGAGUGAAGUAAACGUGUGUCCUGCUGUAAUCUGGAGAAGGAGACAUGAACUCCAACAUGAGUGUGUCUGGAGAACAGGACUUAAAGAGAGACGAGAGAAUGAUGGAGGGAAAGAGAUCAGACUCACCAGAACCCAGCUGUGUGUCCAUGAAGAGUGACCGGUCAAUGGAUCAUCCAUUUGACUUCAGAGACAGAGCCGAUUCUCCUGAUGUGAGACCACAACAGAAGACAUCAAACCUCAGCAGAAAUCAGUUGGACUCCAUAUUCAAGGGGCUGGAACACAAAGUCAUCACUCUGAUAAAGAAUGAGCUGAAGAGGUUUAGGAAGCUCCUGAGUCCAGAUUACCCAGCAUGCACUGAGAGGGAGGUGGAGGAUGAGGAGGAUCUGCACAGUGUCAGCCAGGGAGCGCUGAAGAUCACACUGCACGUCCUGAAGAACAUGAACCACACAGAUCUCGCUAACACACUGCACAACAAAUCCCUUCUAUUGUGUGCUGGAAGAUCGCUGGACUUGAAGCAACUCCAAAUGGUGGCCUGUUUGUCCAAAGCCCAGGCUGACCCCCCACCCCUUCAACCUUUGCAGCAAUGCUGGCAGCACUAUUUCCCAAAGACAACCUCUGGAUAUGACGCUGAGCACGUGCACUCAACUUCUUCUUUGGUCGACCAUGGCGAGGCCUGUUCUGAGUGGAACCUGUCCUGUUAAACCGCUGUAUGGUCUUGGCCACCGUGCUGCAGCUCAGUGUCAGGGUCUUGUGCCCAAAGCCCGUGGUGGUGACAGUGCAUGGCGUUUGUGUGGAAGCAGGUCUGUUGGGAGUGUUAAGUACCAUCAUCUCAUACACUCACCACAACUCUGGGAAGUUCCAUCCAUAUUGUUUGCUGUCACUUUUCCUGCAAAGCUUUAACCAUCAGAGAGUUAUCUUUUACUGGGGCUUUUAGCUGCAGGAGACUGAAUUACUAAGUUUUUUUUUUUUUGUGGAUCUGAUCAGGGCACACUCUGAACAAUUAUUUACAUUUGCAGUUUGUUGAAGAUUAAAUAAACCACAGUGAGCAUCAGAUGUCUGGUUUUAAUACAAAGUUUUAUGAUGAACUAUUUUAUGAUAUUACCAUCUUGUCAUUUAUCAAAGAAGAGCUACAAAACCUGAAAUUUGUUCAUUUUUAGACAGAAAAAUUCUGCAGUGUAGCUCUUCUAGUGGGCUUUCCCACUGGAUGUUUAGUCCAACACAGAGCAGUUUGCAUGAAAAGUUGGUAAUGUGACCGUCGUAAUGUGGACUGGGAAGUGCACUGCGGUACCGAACCCGAGACUACCUGUAGAAGGUGGUCCGAGUUCAGUUACAAUGGAACUGUGAAUGUGAAUUGUCCCAUGAAUGUGAACGUAACUUGUAUCCGGGUCCGCACUUGUUCAGGAAGUAGAGUAACCUGUGCUGAAGGCCUGUUGUGGUGAUGACGUGUCAUGACAUGUUUUGGCCCAAAUCUGCAGUAACUUUGAAAAAGUGGAAGCUCCUCUGAAUAUUGUGGAGUUUCUUGAUUUUGCGUUAAUUUCUGUGAUCACAAAAAGGUGAAAUUCUGGACUGACACAUGGAAGAUAUGGAAUGAUAACAGAAGAAUGUGACUUUGGGUUGUACCAUGUAUUUUUUUCAUGUAGCUUUAUUAUUUAGUAUAAAUGAAGGCAAGUGUGUGUUCUGUUCUUCAUCUCUGCAGUCGUGUGUUCCCUGAUAGUCCAUGAUUGCUGGAGCUCUGGAAAUAGCAGGUGAGAUUGCAGGCCGGAGUCGCGUCGCUGUCCAAGGAACCAAAAUCAACCUCCUCUACUCCUGAGACCACAGUGUGACUGAGAGCCUAGACUACAUGGCUACUUGGAACAUGAACAUGUUGCAGACACAGGAUCUUAUGAAGUCAGCGCAGGCAGCCCUGGAAAAGAAGAGUCCGAAAGACGUGCCCUUCUCCAAGCUUUAAAGGAGAAGAUCCAGGGCUGUUGAAGCUGCGGUGGAACUGAGACUUCAUCAUCCACAUAUCUUCAGUUCUUCUUGCUAAGUCUGUUUCUUUUUAGUCUUUUUAUUUUUAGACUGGUCAAAAGACUGAUUAGUGGAAGUGAAAUGAUAGAUGAACUUUUAUUUACUUGCUUUAUUAUUUGCAGGUGCCUUGUACAGUAAGACAGGGUAACUAAUACUCAAAAGCUUUUUUUGUGUGUUAACAUGUACAGUAGAUGGACAUAUUUUUUCUGGUGCUGUGACUGCAGAAUGUAGUGCAGUUAACACAUAAAAUUUCCUUGGAUGCUCACUUUUAACUCUAGGAGGUCACAGUUUGCCCAGACAUCUUUUUUUAAAUCCGUCAAUCCGUCACCCACACGUCAUUCUGGGGGACGAAGAGGAGGAAGCUGGACAGAUAAAUUUAUUUAUUUAUUUAUCAUUGCUGUGUUUCCUUAAUCGAGUGCAGAAAGAAGAAAAACAACACAACUGAUUUAAAAUAAAAAUAUAGAAAAUAAUCUAAUGUAAGAUUCUGAUCCGGUUUGCUUUCAGCAGGAAGGCUGUCCUCUUUCCUGUUGCUCUUUCUCUUCUAUUAGUCCAUUUGUCCAGUCUGAAUCGGUUUUGAUUCGUUUCGAGACGAUUCGGAGUCUAAUAAUUUUCUAGUGAGAGUCGCACACUUCCAAACGAACUAGACUGAGAUGAGUAUUUGAUUCUCACUAGAAAGUGAUUCGACUCUGAAUAAACUCGAAAUGAAUCAGUCAAACUGAUUCAGACUCUAUAAAAGGACUAUGAGAUGUGAUUAAGAUAUAUAUUCCAAUGUUUUGCUUUACAAUUCCAUUGUGUGUGUGUGUGUGUGUGUGUGUGUGUGUGUGUGUGUGUGUGUGUGUAUGUGUGUGCGUGCGCGCACGUGUGUUUUUCAGGAGAACGAGAAACUCGGACACAACAGUACAUCCUGACCAUUGGUACUGUGUACACAUCAACAUACACACACGUCUCCAUGCUGGACAUCUCAGGAGCUUUCACACAGUGCUAGGAAUAUCCCGGGACAGAGAAACGCACCUUCUAAGUGAGCGAGUUUAGCGUCAACCGGUGAAAUUUGCUGUAGCGUGAACACUUCGCCUCUGUGAGCUUCACUCUCCGUAGGGUUCACUGUAAUUAGACAUAAAAUGUACAUAGUUUAUUUUUCAUGCAUUUAGGAUUUCAUGUUUUUUUUUUUUUUUUUUUACUCUUCGAGGAAAAGAAAUGAUCUUUCGAGGCAGCUUCUUCAUCACUACCUGCUCCGUUUGACUCAAAAAUGUAACGACCGGUUUCAAAAAGUCAUGAUGUCUUACUGUUGAAUUUAAACAGGAAAUGUGAAAUAUUUUUUCCCUUUGUUUCCUCUACUGUCUUUUUGCUGUGAUCUUGAACACAGUUGUAAUUUUAAAAAAAAAAAAAUAAUAAAAAAAUGAUAAUUCUAGUUCUCUCACUUUCCUUGUCCUAAUUGUCCUGUAUCUGUUAAAUCCGUUUCAUCUCUGGUCUUUCUGUCUGUAUGAACACUUGUAGAAAUGACUUGUAGUCCAUAUUUUUAAAUGAUUCGUGAUUUUGAAUUUAAAUAAAGAUAUUCUUUAA